AUGAGACAAGAGCAUGGGGGGUUAGAAGCUCUACUCAACGAAACUCUACGAGAAUUAAGUCGACUUCAUCUGUUUACUGGUUCUCCAGAUGAAUAUGAGAGGAUCUUUUACAAAUCGAUACACUAUGUGGAGCAGUUACUUGGAUUCCAUUCCAAAAAAUAUAAACACCUUAAUUUAAAGUCAAGUCCUCCAAUAGGUGACUUGUCCUUGUUGUACUACGUGACGGGCGGGGCUUCUGAUGAUAUGAGGCAGGUUACAAACACUCCGAACUCUUUAUUCCAACUUUUAAAAAGUUAUACUGUUUCUCACAAUCACCCUCGUGAAACGAUUCAAAGACAUUUACAAAGUCUCUUGGCUGAUGAUACUAUAUAUGCUCCUGUAUUAAGCAAACUUUCUGCAUUGAUAGACUUCUUCAUACGUUUACAUCGUGAAUCUGAAAGAAGAUUGGUUGAAUACAUCAACACAUGUUUCCAACAUGAACAAAAAUUCUAUUCAUCAUUGAAAUCAAGAAUUGAUUCCGAUUUGGAAAUCGGAGAUGAAGACACUCAACAAAUUGUUAAAUCUUUGGAUAACAUAGUGGCUAGAAAUGUAGAAGGAUAUAAAACUGUUGAAGUGGUGGAUACUGUAGAACUCUUGCUGAGUUCGGAAGUAGCCAAUAACCUGCCCAUAUGCGUCAGUUCUGAUCAAUUGUUCACUCAACUAUAUCAACUAUUUCUCCAAUUGUGUAUGUUUAAAAGCCACGAACAAGGCCCUGCCCAGAUUCUGGAUCAUACAGAGUAUAUACAUAUCAUGAUUGAGCUCUAUAAGAAACAAGUUGGUACAGAAGUUCUUGAAAUUGAUGAUUUCCAUAUCAAAGACUUGAAAUUUAAUUAUUUUUAUAAUCAAUUUCUACUUGAAAGUAGAUUGAUACCUACUAAAUACUAUGAAUUGUCUGUUAAAUUGGCUCGAGAAAUUCAUAUUUUCCCCGAGCAAGAUGUUGGAAAUUGCGGUGAUAUCAAAAUCACUGAAACUGAAACUGAACCACCUAUUCUGGAAUCAUAUGACACUCUUACUGACGUACAACCACUUCUUCAACUUUCGAGGCUGGACCAAUCGAAACUUGUGAAUAGUUUGAAACUAGUAAUUCCUCAAAUGGUGGAUUAUUUCAGUUUUGAUUUGGAAUAUCCACAAACCAUGCGACAUUUCCUCAAUAUAUUAUACCAACCAAAAAACGAUGAUAUGCAGUUUGAGUAUGAAGAUAAUUGUGCCUAUGUUGCCAAGAUUCUUCGUUUAGUCAAUAUUUUCAUUGAUUAUGAGAAUGGUGAUAUCAGUGAAGAUUUCAAUAUACAUGAUGCAAUGGAUCAAUUUUAUCAGCUUCAUCUAUACUUGGUGAAAAAUGGUUAUCAAGAGGUUAAAUUUGAAUCAACUUUAUUGAUGAGAUUAGCAGUUACUGAAUAUCUUUCAAUUUCAAGGAUAAACUCUCAUUAUUUUUCCAGAUGGAAUUAUAAGACGGUUGCAAUCAGUCAACUUGACCUUAUGGAAUAUAAUUUGGUUAAUGUAGUGAAUCCUCGGAAUUUGAAGAAGAAAAUCCUUCAAAUAUGGUUUAGUAGAUACAUGAAAUAUUCUAGAUUGGGUGAUGUUUCUACGAAUUAUUAUGAAUUAAGGAAAAUGGACAAUAUCUUUAAACAGAAGUGGUUACUUCGUACCAAUCAACAUCAAGUUAUGGCUACCAAGGCAGCCCUUAUUGAAGCUAAGAAAGGAUUUGAAGUUUGGAAAGACAAGUUUGUCAAGACAAGCAAAAUGAAUGAAGAAGGAAGAGUGUUUUUCAAUACUCAUAUAAUGGAAGAUGCAUAUGCAGCCAUCAAAAAUGGAUAUGAAAAACGAAAGAUAUUGAAUACAACCUGUGAUGAAUUCUCUAAGGCUAGUGAACAAAGAUGUGCGCAUUAUACCAUGAAAUUGACUUUCAGGCAUUGGUAUGACAAAAUGAAUGGUAAACUUUAUCAAGCGAGUGAAAGUGUACCUCGUAUAUUACUACCAGUGCCAGAAUUAACUAUUAAAGAUGAGAAACCUACACUAAGUCAAAAAUUGCGAGUUUUAAAUAACCUUGAAAAGAGGUUUAUAACUUCCAAAUAUAUUAAGCAGUGGGAAAGAAAUACAUCACUCGCUAAAAGAGUACGAGAAGUGAAAUAUAGAAAUGAUCAAACACUUGUGAAAUUUGUAUUUGCCCACCAAUGGAGAAAAAAGUACGAAUUAAAUGAGUUGGCAGUUAAAAGAUUGAAUUCAGUCAAUAACCUAGUAUUAUUAAAUGCGUAUCAAAAUUGGAAAGAGCAACACAGCAUGAAUCAGCAGGCAGUUAAUUUCAGAACCAGUAAAGAUGUAAAUAAUUUUUUUAAAGUGUGGAAAUUAAAACUACGUGAAAAGAAUCAUCUAUUGAAUAACUCCAAGUAUAUUACACCUAUCUAUAUUAAUAUAUGGAAGUCUGCUGUAAAUUUAAAGCAAUUCCAUAUGAAGCAAAGUGAAAACCUUGCAGUGCAAUAUUUUUCCAAUUGGGAUAAUAAGAGAAGGGAUCUACAAGGAACGCAAGAUCGUGCGGACAACUUUAGAUCUAAGAGGCUCAUUUCUUCUACCUUGUUGACAUGGGCAAACUUGUACAAUCAAGAACAAGAAUUAAAUAUGAUUGCUGAUCUUAAUGUACAGCGGAAGUACUAUAAUUCAAUGAUUGCCAAAAAGUCACAGAAACUUUGGAAUGAGAAAAAGGCAGAACAAUUUUCUAAAAAGUCAAAAAUGACUUUCCGAAACCGAAUAAUACUCAAAUCUAUUAUAACCAAAUGGCAUGACAACUAUAGUGAGAGAUUUGAUAUUGCAAAUGAAGAAAUUGUUGAGCAUUUCCAAAAGAAGGUUUCCAGAAGAUUUUUCCUUUCACGUGCAUUUGAAACUUGGGCUGGUAGAUACAAUGAAGUUCAAGAGAGAGAGUAUGAAAUGAAUUUGGUUUGCAAUCAGUUUCUUCGGCGUAGUACAAUAUGUACGAAUUUUUUUACAAAAUGGCUGGCGUUGGCUGUUCAAAAGACAGAAUUAUUGCAAAGGUCCCUUGAAUUUGAUUCCCGAGUGUUGUUCAAAAAACAUUUGGUAUUAUGGUACGACAAGUUCAAUCGGCAAGAAUAUUUGAGUGAGAUGGCAGAAACACACUUGAGCCAACAUGAUUUAAUUACAGCUCAAGAUCUUUUACACCGAUGGUCCAUGAAAUACAUCAAAAAUAUUAGAAGGAACCAACAAAGUUGUGAAAUGUUCUUAGAUCGAUGGCAGACUGCCAGGGCACGAACUAUGUUUGAAGUAUGGCUCUAUAAAUCGAAAAGAAAAAGGAAUAAUGUCGACAUUAAUAAUGAUGACGAUGAAGAUGAAGAAGGUGCUGGUAAUAUCAGUAUGAUUUCGAAUCAAUCUCCAUUGGCUAAUAAGCUGGCAGGGGGUCGGUCAAGGGGCGAUGAAAGUUAUUUGAAUACGCCCUUGAAACGACGGGAACGUUUGCCAUAUACACCUAGUAUAGCCACUCGAACUAGUCCAACCAAACUCCAAGAAACAACUGAGAGAUUGAAGUCAGACCGUUUGAAUGCAAUGAUUAAACAUUAUCAACGUGUUAAGGGGUCCAAUUCUCCUCGGCGCUUACCACCUCCACUGUUCAGCCCAAGGAAACAAAGUGCAGCUCAAAUAACCCAGCCUAAACGACGGUCAUACGGGAUUGAACCUCCGAAAAGACCCAACUUUACCCAUAGAUUAUCUCAAAAUAUUGAAAUGAGUGAUGAUGAACUGUCGGGGUCAAUCUUUACAAAACUGAGUCCAGUUUAUGACGAGGAAGAUACGUCAACUAUAGAAACAGCGAAGCUGCUUCGGAGAAUCACUCCAAUUUUCAUUCCAUCUGAGGAGGAUAUGGCUCCUCGGUUUUCUCCAGUUAGCAAACUAAAAGAACGGAUUGGUCAAAUUUCGCGUCAUGGAAGUCCAACCUUUGAUAGCAUUGCCAUGUCUACACCAACAAAAACUGUAAAUUAG